AUGACACCCACGUCGCAGCUUUGUCAAUCAGAUCUAUUCAAAAAACGCUCCGAGCUCCUCAGCCGCGAUGCUCGAGUGGACCUUUCAUACGAAAGGGCCAAAGCCAUUGGCUUAGCACUCGGCAUCACUCUUCAUGAUACUUUGCAUCUGACCCAAAAAUUUUGGGACAUGCACACGGACCCAAUCAUGGUCCUAGAUGGGGCCGCCUCCACGCUGCUGACAAUCCAGUACAAUCUGGUUGCAGGAACGCUUGCAAAAUAUGCUGCAACUACUAGACCUGAUUUGGUCUCCCUCGUCGAGGACAUUCUUCGAUGGAAUGUCAGUGGCCAAUUCUGCCUUACCGAGCUGGGGAGAGGCCUAGACAUCUUCCGAAUGAAGACAUCAGCGACACUUCUCCCAACAGGUGAAUUCGAUCUUCAUACGCCGUUGCCCUCGGAUGCCAAGUUCAUGCCACCAACCGUUCCAGUGAAAGGUCUUCCAUGCGUCGCCAUUGUUUUCGCGCAACUGUAUGCGGACGGCGAAUGCCGUGGACCUCGGCCGUUUCUUGUGAAUCUGAACGACGGAUAUGAUAUGUUGCUACCACCUAGAGGAGGCUCGUCCCCCGUCAACCAUGCGCUCACAAGCUUCAAUCACGUCCGCUUACCGCCUUCGGCCCUUCUCGGGGACCUCGCCAAGUCCAACACAAUGCAUCGUGACUUCAUGUCGUCUAUAUGGCGCGUUGCGGUCGGGUCGCUAGCGCUUGGCUCAGCUGCAAUACCUAAUCUCCAGGUGGCAUCGUACAUCGCUGCGCGUUACUUUCAGCGUCGUCAUGUCACUAGCGUGUAUGGACAUCCUUUGCCCAUAAUUUCAUACCGGACGCAACAGCUCCCGUUACUACAUGCCAUCGCUCAGGCGUCCGUUCUAAGAGCGCUUUACAAAUGGGGCAUCGAGCGGUUCAUGGACAAGAAUCUUGAUGUUCGCGUGCGGCAUGGCAUCGCGGCUUGCUGCAAAGCAGUCAUGAUUCAGCAUGCACAAGUUGCAAAUUACGCACUGUCUGAAAGGCUCGGGGCCCAAGGCCUCUUCGAAUAUAAUCGGCUGUCCAACCUCUAUAGCGAGAUGAGGGGAGUUAGUAUCGCUGAAGGUGACAUUUUAGGGCUCGUGACGGAUACCCUGGCGCAAACCUACAAGUUACCUCUCUCGACACACCCAGACGGGCCCCUUGCAUUGCACGAAAUCUCGUUAUUCGACGAGGCAACCGAGAUGGUUUCCUCAUCCGAUUUCACGCAAGCAUUUAUGCAAUAUGUGCAGCCGCGCUGUCAGCUGAUGGUCGAAUCUAUGGGACACCGCAUGGCCUAUGAUGCCGCUGUCGACCAAGGGGUUUCGCAAUGUCUCGUCGAUCUGUAUCUCAUCAAUGCGAUCAAGACAGAUGCUGCGUGGUAUGUAGAACGCGGCAUGUUUACGCGGAAGGCCAUCGUGCAUAUGGAGGAUGCUGCAUUAUUACUCGCUGCGAUGGAGGUUGAGCCAUACGUGUCGUCACCCAUCAUAUCGGAUAAGUGCUGGGAGGAAUUUUAG